UCGAUAGCUCGCGACAAUCGCUACCCGGCGUAAUUUGUUCAGUGUACAUGUGUUUUUUUUGUUUAUAAUUCGAAUUGCUUAACUUAUUUAAGUCAAAAUGGAUCGAAACAUGCAGAAGCAGUUGUUUAACAAAGCGAGGGAGUCACCAAACCUGCGUCGCUUCAGCACGUCGGCAACGGCAGACAGCACACGCAAAUCGUUUUUUGGAGGGAACCCUAAUCUAGGCGCCUCGCCAGGAGCCUUAAAGAAAACUGGGCUGAGUAAUAGUCGCCUUAGCUUGUCGGGACGCUCCACAUCACAGUCCAUACCGGGCAUCCGAUCAGAUUACAAUGUCGUCGAGAUCUUUGGCAAUCCUCUGCCAGUUGCCGUAAACGAAGCGUUGACUUUUACUGGAACCAUGGGCAACACGGUUUCAGCCAAGAUUGCACAAAAUGGCUACGCAUGGGUUGUUCAAGGUCGUCGCUUACUGAUUUGGCAGUACAGAAAUAAAAGCGGCGCUGGCCAGGCAAACUCGCCGCCCCGGCUGGGUAAACGAGGAGCGACGUCGGCACAAUGUCGCGAGCUGACGCUGCCCCACAGCGAUAUUGGGCACAAGAGCGAAUUGGUUAGCGUUUUCCAGACGGAGGACAGUCAAGCGAUGGCUUCCUGCAUUGCGGUCUCUGCGACUGGAGACGUACGCUACUGGGCAUCGAUAGCGCACGAUAACAAUUCGGUGGAUCUGUCCAUACUGACGGGGCAGGAGUUUGUCCAGCUGUUGAAUUUGCCCACGCAGCAGGGUUAUCUUGCUGUCACCUCCACGUGUACGUUGGUGUUCCUGCGCGUGGGCCUCAGCAAGGGUCGCUAUACGCUGCACCACAAGACCAUUAAGCCAGCGACUAGUUUACUGGGCGGCUUUGGCAAGCGAGUGGCAUCCAUGCUAAUCGGUAUGAACAACGGUGGCGAUAGGGAUCAGUUAUUAGUUGGCAUGUGCUGUGAGAGCAACACAAAGAAUGGCGAAAGUAUUGUCACCGUGCUCUCAGAUCGCGGACUCCAGCGUUGGCUUCUCUCCAACAAGGGCAACACCGAGCAGCUAAUCUACGAGGAGGUGGAGCUGUUGCGUAAAAUGCGUGAGAUGCUACUCUUGAAUUUCUGGAAUGUGCGCACGCCCAACGAGAACGUCGAUGUCGAAUUGCAUUUCAUGGACUAUCAUGUGGCCAAUAACUAUCACUAUAUGCUAGUGGGUGCAGUCAAUCAUGGGCAUGCGCCCCAGAUGAACUACGCCAUAAUGGUGGCCAGCGCUGGUCCAGAACGCAUGCUGCUGGAUUGCUUGACGCCGCUCAAGCUGCAAAAGUUCUACAGUGCCAAAACGGUGCAGGAAUGCCUCAGCGUGCGCAUCAUGGUUGGUGCCUCGAAUUUGUAUCUGUAUACGCCGAAAGUGGUUUAUCCGCUGGGCUUGGUAAAUUUAUUGCCAACCGGCGAAAAUGAAAUGGAGAAGGUGGAGUUCCAUUUGCAUGAGGAUCGCAUCCUUAGCGCCGCCAUGUGCAAUCGAAUACCGCUUUUCUUCAGCCGCACACAUGGCCUCGUCGGCAUCACGCCGGGCAACUUUGAACCCUUCGAUAUGAUGAACCUGAGCAACCUGAACCCGAGCGAUGUAUAUUUUCCGUUCGAUGCCAGUUUCAAUGUGGCCAAUCAAAGUAUGUCGCAGGAAAACUCCAAUUGCUUGCCCAUGUAUCAGCUGGAUCCGGAUGAGGUCUAUGCGGAUUUCAACAAUGGUGUCGGCCAACUUAAGGCCGCAUUCUUGUAUCGCCUGAAACGCAACAAUCAAAUGGUCAAAACAGUUCUCGCCGAUGUAAUGGAUAGCAUUGCAGAGAGCGAUCCAAAGGGUGCUCCCCUGGAUGCCUACAAGCUGGACAGAAUUGUCAUCACUAUUGCCGAAGAUUUGGCUGAGGAUCUGCCCAUCGGGGAUCCGCGCUGGCAGUCAGCCAUUGAGGAGUACGAUGGCGAGCGAUAUGCGCUGGGCAGCUCCCACUCAAUGCAGAUCAUCCAUCAGCUGCGCGACAAGGGCAUCGCCUUCCAGCACUUUAUUGAUUUUCUGCACUUUAGUGCACUCUGGGAGAAGUUGAAUGCCAUACCCUGUGGCAGUAAUGUGCUCAAGCAUACAUCCUACAUUCUGGCCGAUAUAAGCGAAAAGAUUGUGGCUGCCACAGCUUUGCGGGCGCUGCAAUCUAAAAUGCCCAAACUGAUUGAUGAGGUCAUCGAUUUCACUGUCGCCCACUGGGAUGAGAAGCCCUAUGAGAGCCUGACCGCCCAGGAUAUAUUCUACGUGAAGCUGUGCAAGUUUCAGUGCAUCUAUAUGGCACUCGCAGACAUGGCCGACGAUCGGAUUGCAUCCCAAGAUCGCACCACAGCAAUGGUGGCCCAGUUUAUAGCCGACAUCAACACUAUUGUGCUCGGCACACUGGGGCCAGUGCUGAGACAUCGGGAGCAGAAUGCUAGUAGCUUUAAGCCGCCCGCCAAUUCAUGCGAGAAUCAGCCCUGGACAGCGACAGUGGGCAGCGCUGGUUGCCACGAUUCGCUCGUCCGCCUCAUCGACAUCACGGUGCGUUAUGGGGCGCAAUGCGUCACCGAGUCGGAGCUGAAGCAUGUGCUCUAUCAGCAGAUACUGGAACUGAUGGACAUGGUGCUGGAGGGACGCAAGAACUAUCUGGAUAGUGUGCGCGGCACGGAAAAGUUUCAGGUGCUGCAGCAACAGUUCGAAUCCCAGCGACGCGAACUAAUCUCAGUACUAAUUAAGGAUCAGCAGUACGAGUGCGCAUCUCGGCUAGCCGAAAAGUAUUUGGACUUUCAGAGUCUGGUGGUCAUCUGCGAUGAGACGCAGGAUAAUGAACGACUGGAUGAAUUCACACGCAAAUACGAGGAGCACGAUUUCUCACAGUUUGCCAUCAAUUGGCAUUUGCGUCAGAAUCGACAUGGUGAGGUAUUUGAACGAUUCAAGUCAAACCAGCCGGCAUUGGCGCAAUUCAUGCGCGAUCAUCCAUCACUCGGUUGGAUUCAGCUCAUAUUCAACGGCAACCAUGAGCGCGCCGCCAAAGUGCUCUUCGAUCUGGCCCAAGGUGAAUCGGAAUUUGUGGCACGCAAAAAAUCUAUGUUAUCGCUCUCAAAAUUGUCUGCACUUGCGGCGCCUGAUGCCGAUUUGUCGGCACAAGUCGAGAAAAUCAAUUCCGAACUGGCUAUCAUUGAAUACCAAUCCUAUUUGGCUCACAAUGUGCUGCAAAGUUUUGGCUUUGAUGCCAACGAUCAAAAGGUGCUCAAAGUGGAGGAAAUCAUUAAUUUGUUCAUUGCGGAGGAGAACGACUCAGCGACCGAAGUCGAGUUCCGCAAGGCCUUGGAGUUGCUCAACUACGUGGAUCAGGCAUAUGACUUGCGACACAAGAUUUGGUGUGCAGCCAUUCGACGCGACAACUGGACAGAUUACGAUGCCAACAAUGCGGUUAAUUAUAUACACAAUCUGCUGUUCUUUAAAAUCAUCGAAAUCUCCCAGCUAAUUGGCCAAGAUACCGACGGCUUCCUGCCGCCCAUGGAGGAUUUUUUGGAGAGCAUGGAACUGGGCGAUCUGCCGCAACAGCAGACAUUUCAAUAUUUACUGAAACUCGCCUACGAGUAUGUCGGCGAUUUGUUCAAACAAACAGAAGACAUGGAGCUGUAAAAAUGUGGAGAAUUAUUAAAACAUACUCUUAGAUUAACAACCAACGACUGAACUUUGUCUCUUGUCUUGGACAGUUGUCAGCUUUGUUGCCUGCUGUCGCACGCAUUAUAAAAUAUUAUAAACUAA